CCUCCCUCGAAAGCUUUCCACCGCUGCUCUGGAAUGCUUGGCUGAACAGCAUUUCUAGUCUACGAUGUCGGCUUCAUUUGGAUCUGAAGACAACCCUUCAACGGAGAGGGAGGCUAAACAGAUUAUUCGACGCAUUGCAUCUUUGCGUGGAAAUAUUGACACCGAAGACGAGAUUGAAAUAUCUAAAACAAAGCCCGAAUGGCAAGCCCAAUACCGAGCGGAGAAAGCUGAUGCUCGAGCUGAUUACGCGCGGUUUACAAAGUUCGUUUCUCAAGAGGUGUUCUCUUCACCAUUCAGGUUCAUUCUCGAAAUUUUACAGAAUGCAGAUGACGCAGAGUACUCUCCUGAAACUAUCCCGUGUCUGACGUUCCGAGUUGGACCACAAGAGCUUCUCAUUGAGUCCAACCAAGAGGAUUUCACGGUCGCGAACGUUAAGGCGAUAUGUGCAACGAACGAAAGUUCAAAGACCGGUAAUGAUGGGACGACUGGAGAAAAGGGAACUGGUUUCAAGUCGGUCUUUGGCAUAGCGACCGUGGUUCACAUUCAAUCUGGCUUUUGGUCAUUUCGAUUCGAGCAUCGACGAGGCCAGAAUGGAAUAGGAAUGGUCACUCCUCUCUGGACUGAUCCAGAGCUUCUACCACACAACGUUCGCACGAGAUUCAGGCUUCAGUACCACCAUCAGCCCAAGCAGAAUUUUCUAGAAGACCUUGCGGAAGAGUUCGAGAAGAUCCCAGAUUCUCUUCUGUUUGCUACGAGACAGGUCACAAUGCUGAAAAUUGUGUUUGAGGGCGUUGCAGGCCGCCAGUACUCUGUGCUGUUUGAACGACAAGGCAGUGUCGAGGAAGGUGAAUUCCGCAUUACCAGAUGCACCUUUAAGCAAGGAGAACAGUCCGAGCCGGUGACUCAGGAGGCCAUUUUCAAAGUGCACCAAGCGACGAUAUUCAACCUCCCGCCCCGGACUGUUGAAGCCUUGCCAGCAGGCGAGGUACGCAAUGAUAAUGAAUCGGAGAUCAUACUAGGAUUUCAAGUCGAUGAUGACAACAAUCCGAUCGUGCCAGAGCUUGGGCAGUACACGUUCGCAUUUCUGCCUAUUGAACGUUUAGCUUAUAUGCCAUUCCUCGUGCAAGGUAAUUUCAUUCUUGACGCAACCCGACAGAAGAUCGUGAAAGGGAAGGAUUGGAACACUGCGUUGCUGCAUGGUAUCGUGCAGACUUUUUGCGAGGCGGUCGAAGAUUGUGUCGAAACCAAUGAUGUCGAACCGGAUGAUGUCGAACCCGAUGAUGUCGAACCCGAUGAUCCUCUAUACUUUGGGUGGGUGCUUUUUUUGCCCCUGACUCCCAGUGACCAAUUCUGGGAGCCUCUCCCAACGUUACUCAAGGACCUAAUACUGGAAAAACGACUGUUUGUAUCUGCUCAAGCAACUCUCAAGCUGCUGUCCGACCUUAGAAAUCUUCCAGCAAGCUUUUUCCAUGAAGAAGAGCCACUCCUCCGCGAUACUCCAGAAGACGUAUUUCUCUCGGGAGGGUACGAGCCGGAACAUAUCAGCAUUCUGAAGGCUAUAGGCCUACUGGAUCUGUCGGAUGAAGAAAUGCUCGAGCGAGUAGAGUGGGACCUCCGCGAUAAGAAAUGCUCCUCACUCUACAACACAGACCUCGGGGACAAUUGGCACACUUCCUUCAUGAUGCUGAUCGAGGAGCUUUGGCGUGAUUCGAACUGUGACCGAAAGAGACUCCAGCGUCUAAAGAUAAUCCCUCUAAGCAAUGACAAGUGGAGAUCUCUGGAAUCCAGCAGCUCUAUCUUCAAUCCUUUCGCAGUUCAGGAAGACUCGGUACAGAUCCAGAUUCCCAAAAAUUUGCGUCUGAAACUAUUGCAUCCUAAGGCGUACUGGGAUGCUGAGCGGCGAAGCGCGUACGCGUGUUUUGGUAUAUCUGAUUGCAAGCCGGAGCUUCUGGUUCAAAAAGUUCUGGACUCUCAUUUGGAUGAAUUUGAAGGCGAUCUGGAAGACGCCGUAGCGCAUUUCGAGAUCCUUUUCUGGUAUCAGGGCCUCCAACCUAACCUCAGAACGUCGUCAAAGCAACGUCUGGAACUUUGGGCGUUCGACGAGAGAGAGCGCUCUAAAGAGUCUCACAUGCUGUUCUUUCCUUCAGAGGAAAAAUAUGGCGCAAGCCAACUAUUGUCAUGUACGGACCAUGAAGAACUGGGAGAGUAUGGCUUCAUCCAUGAACGCUAUAUGAAGUCUCGGAUGAAUCAACAUGUGCGAAAAGGAAAUUCCUGGCUGAAUUGGCUCUCAAACUGUGCUGGAGUCCGCUGGUUUCCUGCUCUGGUGGUCGACGGCCCUUCUUCAAAGGACCUUAACCCUGUCUUCGAGCUUGUGGCAAGAGACAACCCCAGCAUGCUAGUCCCGGCGUUGCAAAGACAUUGGUCCUCCUAUCGAGAUGAGGAUUGGAGAGCAGUCGUACAGAACCUAGAGGAACUCGAAGCUUUGUGCUGUGGUUGCGUGACCAAGCCUCUCAAAGACACAGUACUACCGACGCAAAACAUUCUAACCAUGUGUCAGGAGCUGAAUCUUGAGGGGGAAAUUUCAAUCUUGGAGCUACCCGAUAGCCCUAUGAAUGACGCUGAUGAUUUGUGGGACUUUCUGCACAACUUCGGUGUCGUCUGCCAGGUGAAUCUGAAGUUUUAUCUCGCUGCUUUGCAGGCUGUGCGCACGCUUGAUGCACAGGCAAACGACAUCCAGGGGACGUAUUCGAAGAUAUGUAAAGGUAUCUCUGACAUUGCAGGCGACAACGAUAUGGAAUUCUUACAGGAAAGUUUUGAAUCAAACCCGAGUAUCUUGGUGCCGGGCAUAUCGCAAGACGACCCGCCUGCUUGGUGUACUCUUAAUGAUUGUGUUUGGGAUGGUCCAUCAGGAUUACAAUCUAAAAGAGUGCUGAAACAUAAGUACGGUCCGUCGAGAGAGAUGCACAGACUAUUUGUGGAUCUCCUUAACAUGAAAAAUGCCACUUAUGAAGAUAUCACUGCGGAGUUAUGGGAUCUAUGUGAACGCGAUGACGUUGCAAGCAUUGCAGCCGAGCAAAUACUUCGAACAUUUACCGAAUUCUAUGCCAGUUUGUCUGAACUGAUCAAACAGGAACAGGAUGAGAGCAGCAGCAUUCAGUAUAUUCGGGAGAACUUUGAGGAAGGGUCGCUUAUCUACAUUCCCGAAAACUCUACGGAGCAAAGGGGGUGGCGUUCAGUGGAGGAAUGCGUGUGGAGCGCAGAAUCCUCACUUCCCGAACGAACCGCUCUCGCCAGUGUAUACCCGGAUCUGGAAGAAUUUUUUGUGGAUAUCAUUGGCAUCCCUCUCCUGACGCUUGAACUGCUUGUCUCUGAAUUGAUCAAGGCCGCUGGUUGUGAAGAGAAGGAUGCGACAACAAUCAAAGGAUUGAUGAAGGAUGUCGGACAUGCUCUUGCUGCCAACGAGGACGCUGAGCUUCCCAAAGAGGAUCUCCAGAAUCUGAAAAAGAGUCGAUUCCUCCCCAUCCGUCUCCCCGACCAAGAUGACUGGAAAUUCAAGAAGUCCACGGAGGAAAUUUUCAUCAAUGAUCACCCCAGAUAUGGCCAUAUCUUCCGGAAGAAGGUCGACAUGCUCGACUUUUCCUGCGCGGAGCUUCCUUCGCUACAUCAUCUCUUCGCCCGUUUGAACAUGCAGCGUCGGUACCUUUCAGCCCAUGUGCAGGUCGAAACCGAAGUUGGAGGGGGGACUCCCAACGAAGUACUUUCUGCUCAUAUUAAACGGCGUGCCUACGCAUUUUCAUGUUGCGCUAUCUACUACCACAGUCCGAAAUAUGCUAAUAAAGCCACCCAUGUUCAUGAACUCCUGAUGGAAGCACAAGUCUUGUUGUGCCAAGAGAUCAGCACCAAACUCAGUAUUUUCUGGGGCGGGGAGCUAGUCGAGGAAGAGAGCGAGAGAGCGGUGGUCAAGGUCGACACUACGAAUGGCCUCGAAAUCUAUGUUCCUCGAAAUGAAGAAGACCUGUUCUCGUGCUAUUACACUGAGCUUCCGGCCAUGCUCAUGGAAGUUUUGGGGAUCUCUAAAACUAAUGUCCCCCAAGCUGAAAAGUUGAUUUACCGAAUCCUCAAUGAUGAGACCAAAUCACCUGAGAAUAUCAUGGGAGAUGAAGAUAUCCCUAAUUACGAGUGGGUGGAACGUCGCGACGUGACCGAGCAUCUCAGCAUCCGACGUCCGGGAUGGGCCAACGAAGAACUUCAGCAUGCCACAGCACAGACAAACGGAGAAGCCCCGCAUGAAGACGACAGGGCGCUGGAGAUGGGCGGUUCUCCUGUCGCUCCAGUCUUCGUCAACAUAUACCAAGAAGUGGCCGCUAGAGAGCAGUACAGGAUUGCCUUGCAGCUUGUUAUACAGCAAGCCCGAGGCGCGUGGUCGCUUGCGAGUUUACACCAAGAGAUUGACCAGAUCGACACUUUGGAAACAGGAUCGACUCUGGGUUCUCGUGGCCAUGGUAGUCCUUGGGUUACAGACAACAAAGCGUGGAUUGGUGCCGCCGGAGAGCUUUACAUUUUCGAGCGCCUCCGUGGUCUCGACAUCUCUGACUUCACGGACGAUAAUUGGAAAAGUCGAAUCCGUCAUCACGUCCGUAUUUUGGACGAGUACAGGGAAUUGCCAGAUUGGCACGAUCGAGAGAUCGCUGACAUCAUGUGCUCGGACUCCAGCGGCGCCAUCGCCAAAUUUUUGAUCGACAACACAUCUCACAAUUACCCCGGGUGGCUGUCUCGCGUCUCAUCCAGUUCGCAGCUGGUCAAUUACCUCAUUGAGGUCAAGGCCACUCCCGAGCGAUGCGGUACUCCCUUUUACGUGAGCUCGCACCAGUAUGGCCUCAUGCGGAAACAUGCAAGCACAGGAAGCAGACCUCCGUCCGUAGUGACCAUCUACGCGCUCGUCCGGGUUUACAACGUGUUCAGCGACAACAUCGGCGUGCAGGUCUAUAUCGACCCCUGGCAUCUCAGAGACUCUAUCUUAGAAUUCAAGGCAGACGAGUACAUAGUGAGAGACACCGGAGGCAGAUAAAGAUAACACAAUCUUCCCCUUUCCUCUCCCUUCCCCGACUCUUAUGACGGGUGAUGACCGGAGGCUUUGGGAAUAGAGGGGAGCCGAGAAAUGAACUUUUGGGAAUAUAGCUCGAGAAGCACAAUCCUGGCUGUACGAAAUCCCUGAGCUACCUUGUCUAUCGUUAUCGGACUGGAUAUCUGUGGUCAUUUGGAACACCUCAGCAGUACACCGGGGAAGAUUCGCCGUGUCCGUAUUUAAUCCAGGUGGAUU